UCCACAGGGGAUCGGAGCACAGUGUGUGACGCGCGCGGCCUAUAAAGAGACCCCGAGACGCUGCCCCUCUUUCCCCGUGUAGAGUUCAGAAGCUCCUUUGCUGAGACAGAUUUCCGAGUAGCCGGCGAACGCUUUGCCUUGCUCGCUGUGUAGCUAGCGGAGGGCUUGGAGCGAUCGAGCGAUCGAGCGCGUUUGCACGGGGCUAAGCGUGGAGGAGAGGCCGGUGGUGAGCCAGCAGCUGUGCAGGCAGCCAGGCAGGCAGCAAGCUAGCGGCCGGCUAGUCGAUCGCGCGCGGCUCCCCGCGCAAUGGCGGCAGGGACAGAGGCGGCGCGGGACUACGGCGGCGGCGUGACGGCCAGCGUCGUGGUGACCUGCCUCAUCGCCGCCUCCUGCGGCCUCAUCUUCGGUUACGACAUUGGCGUCUCAGGUGGUGUGACGCAGAUGCAAUCGUUCCUGACCAAGUUCUUCCCGGAGGUGGUGAAGGGGAUGCGUGGCGCGAAGCGGGACGCCUACUGCAGGUACGACAACCAGGUCCUGACGGCGUUCACCUCGUCGCUGUACAUCGCCGGCGCGGUGGCGUCGCUGGUGGCGAGCCGGGUGACCAGGAUGGUGGGCCGCCAGGCCAUCAUGCUGACCGGCGGCGCCCUCUUCCUCGCCGGCUCCGCCUUCAACGCUGGCGCCGUCAACAUCGCCAUGCUCAUCAUCGGCCGCAUUCUGCUCGGCGUCGGCGUCGGCUUCACCACGCAGGCGGCUCCGCUGUAUCUCGCCGAGACAGCGCCGGCGAGGUGGCGCGGGGCGUUCACCGCCGCGUACCAUAUCUUCCUCGUCAUCGGCACGGUGGCCGCGACGGCCGCCAACUACUUCACGGACCGAAUCCCGGGCUGGGGGUGGCGCGUCUCGCUGGGCCUCGCGGCGGUGCCGGCCACGGUCAUCGUGGUGGGCGCGCUCUUCGUCCCGGACACGCCCGCUAGCCUCGUCCUGCGCGGGCACACGGAGAAGGCCCGCGCGUCGCUCCAGCGCGUCCGCGGCGCGGACGCCGACGUCGACGCCGAGUUCAAGGACAUCAUCCGCGCCGUCGAGGAGGCGCGGCGGAACGACGAGGGCGCGUUCCGGAGGCUGCGUGGCCGUGGGUACCGGCACUACCUGGUGAUGGUGGUGGCCAUCCCGACAUUCUUCGACCUCACCGGCAUGGUCGUCAUCGCCGUCUUCUCGCCGGUGCUGUUCCGGACGCUCGGGUUCAACAGCCAGAGGGCCAUCCUUGCCUCCAUCGUACUUACCCUCGUCAACUUGUGCGCCGUCGUCGUGUCUUCCUUCACCGUCGACCGCGUCGGCCGCAGGUUCUUGUUCCUCGCCGGCGGCACCGCCAUGCUCCUCUGCCAGGUGGCGGUGGCGUGGAUACUGGCGGAGCAUCUCGGGAGGAGCCACGCGGCGGCGACGAUGGCGAAGAGCUACGCGGCGGGGGUGGUGGCGCUGAUGUGCGUGUACACGGCGAGCCUCGGCCUGUCAUGGGGACCGCUCAAGUGGGUGGUGCCGAGCGAGAUCUACCCGGUGGAGGUCCGGUCGGCGGGGCAGGCGCUGGGCCUGUCCGUCUCGCUCACGCUCUCCUUCGCGCAGACGCAGGUGUUCAUGUCCAUGCUCUGCGCCAUGAAGUACGCCAUCUUCCUCUUCUACGCCGGCUGGGUCCUCGCCAUGACGGCCUUCAUCGCGCUGUUCCUCCCGGAGACCAAGGGCGUCCCACUGGAGGCCAUGCGCGCGGUGUGGGCGAAGCACUGGUACUGGAAGCGGUUCGCCAUGGACGCCAAGCUGGACGCCCAAGUGAACUGCCUCUAAGACUGUCAUUGUUACAGCGGUGUGCGCGCGCGGAAAACGAUUCUAAACUCUCGACGAGACAUCCCUGUGUCUAUAUGGUAUCAAAACAGUUAUGAAAAUUUUAACUUGCAUGCAUGCCAUCUAAGAAACGAGGGACUUUUCCAGGAGAGUUUAGAAGAAUUCAGUGUGUGCGAGCUCAUCCAUGUCUUGGUUGGCAUGCAGCUUAUGUGUCAGUGUGACAGUGUGUGACUUCAUUGUUCUGCUGAAAUCUUCAAACUGUGGUUUCGGUUGACAAGCAUGCAUGUGGUAAACAAUGUGUCAAGUUGUAAACAGAUAUAGCUUAUGGCCAACUGAACAUGUCGGCGUGAGUUGGCAAUAAGAGCGUCCAUGGAGUGUACACCAACCAGCUAGAUGCGUGUUUGCAUGUUUUUGUUGAUUGAUUAAUCUGUAAAGGGAAAGAAGGAGAUGAAUGUUGUUGAUUAAAGAUUGCUCAAUGAUCAUGGGUUGUGUAUUGA